AAUUAUAAAACAACACGUAAUAUAUUCAGCUUAUCGUUCGAAACGAGAAAAAGUAAACCUAUUAGGGUUCUAACUUUACUGUUCCUAAGAAGUUUUAUAUUUACUUUUUCCUAUUUAUAAAAUUUUUUCUCAAUUUAGAAAUGUUGUUUAACAUACUAUCGUUGUUUUCUUUUUGUGUGGAAGUAUCGUUUGCAAGCGAAGUAAGGUAUGCAAAAUGGGCUGUGCAAAUUGGGGAAAAUAUCAAUGCUACACUUACAGAGAUAACAGCAAUCAAUUCUUUUAAAAAGUUGUACUCCAAUCUCGUUAAAAAUGGCAUUAUCAUACCACACAAGAAAGAUGGAAGAGCAUUAUCCAACAAAUUUACAGAAGAUCUAACCAAGAUAUUGAAUUCAAAAACUGAAGCUUUGGAGGCGAUUAGGUUAAAAGCAGAAGAACUCUACAAAAACUACGAAUAUGACGAACAUAUCCAAAAUGUUGAUUUCUUCAAUGCUAAGAAGUACAAAGAAUCUGGUUCUCCUGAAAUGAAAGCUUAUGAUACUUUCAUAAAAGAUAAAGAAGUGAAUACGAGUUUUUUUGCCUAUCACGUUCCAAGUAAUGUCUACGAUAGCAGUAAAACAAUCCUUAAUACAAUUAAGAUGUUGAAGAAUUUGUCAUCAGUUGCUGUUGAUAAUUUUAAAAAAAGUCCAUCAUUGCUUUGGCAGUACGUAGGUGUACCUGAAGGAAUUUAUCAAGUUUAUCCAGGGUACAUAUGGAGUUUGAAAAACGGAAUCGAUUUAUAUGACUGCAGGAGAAGGGGAUGGUAUUUACAGGGAAUAAGCUCACCAAAAGAUAUGCUAAUAUUAUUUGACACAAGUGGAAGUAUGUCUGGCAAGAAGUUUGAAACCGCAAAAGUAGCUGUGCAACUGUUGAUAUUAUCACUGCAAGAAAACGACUUCUUUAACAUUAUUCACUUUAGUUCCAAUCCUUCUUACAUAAUUCCGGAAGAAACUGGAUUCAUUCAAGGAACCCGAAUAAACAAAGUGAGAGUAACUGAAGCUAUUCAAGAAAUGGAACUGCCAGAUGGCGAAAGUGACUUUGAAAAAGCAUUCUCUAAAGCGUUUCAGUUAUUUAAGGAUAACAAGGAUGUGACAACGUCAUCGAGAUGUCAUCAGGUCAUAAUGUUCUUGACGGACGGUAAUGAAGGUUUUGGUGACAUUGAUCAUCUGUUAUAUCAUGAAGACAAUAAGAAAGUACGAAUAUUCUCCUACCAAAUUGGACAAAGACAAUCUACAAAAUAUACAGCUACUUUGAAGAAGAUGUCUUGUCGCUCAAGAGGCAAAUAUUACCAAUUGGACUCUUCUGGAAACGUUUGGGAGAAAAUGCUAGAGUAUACUACAGUACUUGGUCAACCUCUGGCAUUGAAUAGCAAUGUGUCAAAUCCCACUUACGUACCGAUUUAUGAAGAUUAUUCAGGCGCGGGUAUGGUAAUGUCAGUUGUGCAACCAAUGUUCAAGAAAAAACAGAACGAACAUGGCAUACUGGGACUGGCAGCCCAAGACAUUUCCUUAACAGAGCUGGAAGACACCAUACCUAAACACAUGCUUGGGCCGGAUGGUUAUGGAUUCGCGAUAAACAAUAAUGGUUUUAUUUUGUUUCAUCCAAACUUGAAACUGAGUGAUCCAAAGAAUACAGAGACGACGUCAGAAGCACCCACUUUAUAUUUGAAGCAAUUGAUACACACAAGUGGAAGUGAAAUAGAAGAGUUAACCAAGAGUAUGAUAGAUGAGGAGGAGGGUUAUAAAACGUUCGAGGUGACAAUUGUUGGACCAGUUUAUAAGCAAAAAAGAGCUCAUUGCGUCAAUAUGACAUUUUAUUACAAACAUACACUGAAUACACCGUUUUCGGCUGGCAUUGUGCUUCCAACAUACAGUGCCAUUACAUACAAACUGGUAGAAGAAAAGUUAAAUAUAUCAAAAGGAUUGGAAUCGAUUUCGCGAGAUAUGAAGAAUUUCAACAGAAUAGCUUCACCAUGGCCAUACUGCAACUAUAGCUCAAUGAAAGAAUCAUACACCCCUGCGACAAAAAAAGUUUAUCCAGACCUUCAAGAAAUACUCACAAAUAUCAAUAACAAACCACAAAAUGUUGAAACAAAAUGUGAUAUGUAUUUGUUUGGUCGAGUUUUACUUGAUUCAAUAUCCAUUGACGAUACGGCUUUCCGCAAAUGGAAUGCAACAGAAUUGAAUUUACACGGCGUCAAUACAAUAUUUAUUUCCACAUAUUCCGGGUAUUCGUUAGUACUUAACACAAGUCUAACAAACGUGUCGUCGAUACCAAGCAUUACCAAUGAUGAUGUUCAACAAAAUGAGUUUUACAAACGUGCAGUGUCAACGCAUGACAGCGAACAUUUUAUCUUUGAAGCAGGGGAAGACGACGCAGUUACUAUCAGUUCACCUAUUUUUCCUGAAAAUUCAUUAAUACAUACAGCAGUAUUAGGUUUGAGUAUCACACCUACGUUUCUACAAAGCGUGAUCGAAAAAGUUGCAGUAAACGCUUCAGAAUACAUUUAUAUACUUGACGAAGAAGGGUAUGUGGUUUACACAAAUGAAGACGCUAUAACAAAGCACAAUGGCGCGUUCUUUGGAAAACUUCAAGGAGAUGUGAUGAGAUAUUUGGUGAAAAAAGACAUUUUUUUUGAGACACAGAACUUAGAUCAUCAAGCUAAAUGUUUGGGACCAAGUUCAACUUCGAGUGACUCAGCAAGACCAUUAAGUAAUCCAUUCCAACUGUUGUUUUCAUUCCUGGCAACAAAUUUCAUAAGCAUUCUACUGCACAUAAAACUUUCUUUAUUUAACAUGAUCACACACACGUUGGUUAAAUCUGACGAUAUUUCAGAAGGAUUUGUUCCUUGUGUUACUGGAAUGCGGUUUUACAAAGUGAACCACGGCCAACUGCCAUUUCAUGAUGAUAUCGAGAUUGGAGAUUGUGUCAAAUCAUUUUAUAUUGAUAAGAUACCAAUGACUAACUUGGUUCUGGUUGUUGUAAAUAGAGUACAAAAUCCUUGUUCCAAACCUGAUUGGAAGCUGCUUAGAAAUCCGUAUAAAAUAGAAAAUUUACCGCCGGGAUAUAAUCACAGAAAAUUACUUCCAUCUUGUUACAAGGACGAAGAAUUCGGUGAUUGCAGUUUCAAUACCCACAUUAAAUCUUCAUCACGUUUCAUAAUGUUAGCUGUUAUACUCUCUAUGUUGAUUUUUCGAUGAGAAUACAACACGAACACGGAUGAGUUACAACGAGUGCAAUUCAUACUAAAUGUAGUGACACACAAGAAACUAACUGUACACGGCAAUUCAUGAGAAACAGUUCGCCAGUUAAGGGCAGUGGAAAAAUGCUAUUCAAUAUACGACAAACACACCACAUAGAACAAUGCUAUUUAGUACUGGACAGGCAAACUGUGUCAUACUUUGCAUUUGAGCAUGAUCCAGUUCCAUGAUAUGCAAGUGUAGCUUGGCAUAUGUUUUUAUUACUAAUUUAAUAAAUUUUUAAGCAUAACUAUUUAUUUUUUUAUUUAUCUUAUCGGGGAAAAAAACGGGAUAAGUAGCUAAAUUUUUACUGUUCCUCCUUUUCGCUCUUUCAUUCGCCAAAAUUCUUUUAAAAUAAUA